GCUGCAGAGUACGCCAAGUCUCAUCUUCCCGUCAUGUUGCGCCAGCAGCUUCAGAAAGAAAACAGUGCUCGUACUCCUCAGUCCAUCCUCAGGCAGCAGAUACUCAACAUGGACAAAGAGAUGCUGGAGAAACUGUCGGCCUCUUAUGAUGAAGCAGGUACCACGUGUCUGGUGGCCGUUCUGUCUGAAAAGGACUUGACUGUAGCUAAUGUUGGCGAUUCCAGGGCAGUGCUGUGCGAUAAAGACGGUAAUGCCGUCCCAUUGUCACAUGACCACAAACCCUACCAGGUCAAAGAGCGAAAGAGAAUCAAGAAAGCAGGUGGCUUCAUCAGUUUUAAUGGCUCCUGGCGUGUGCAAGGUGUUCUUGCCAUGUCCCGUUCACUUGGCGACUAUCCUCUAAAGAAGCUGAAGGUGCUGAUCCCUGACCCUGAUGUGCUGAACUUUGACCUGGACAAACUACAGCCUCAGUUCAUGAUUCUGGCUUCAGAUGGACUCUGGGAUGCCUUCAGCAGCGAGGAAGCUGUGCACUUCAUCAAAGAGCGACUAGAUGAGCCGCACUUCGGUGCGAAGAGCAUCGUCCUGCAGUCCUUCUACCGCGGCUGUCCGGACAACAUCACUGUGAUGGUGGUCAAGUUCAGAAAGAGAGGCUCCAAAGCUGCUGGCUAGUGAAGAUGGAUCUGCUCUCACAUGUGAUCAUGGAAUGCACACCAAUAUCUGAAUGAAUGAGUAACUGGAUGAGCAGUUAUCAUUAUGCAUAACUUUAACAUUAGAUAAAAAUAUUAAAAGGCUGUAUUUUUUGAGAAGCAACGCUUUCUAUUUAAAUUGAAUGGUACGGAUUUAAGCAAUCACUUCUUCAUUGCAGGUAUAGCUCCCCUGAGGAACAUAAAAUAGAAUUUUUGAAGAAAAUUUCUUUCAAAAAAAUCUGUUCAAAUAUCAUCAUUAUCCCACAUUUUGAUCAGUUUUUUUUAAUCUGUAAUGAUGGUUUUAAUUUCCCUGGUUAUUACAAAUGUAACUUUUCUGCAGAAUGCACCCUUUGCCCCAUAUUAUUAAAGCCUGUUUCCACAGAAAAAAAAAGAAAACAUAUUCUGACUAUUACACGCAAUUCUGAGAAAUUAAGUCGCAAUUAUCUUUCAAAAUGUUUUAUUCUGUGAAUAAAGUGCAAGACUGAACACACACUGAUGAACUCGGCCUCGCCGAACAUCUCCCAUAUUAGACUGCCCGUCUGAGGGUUCAGGGACCACUCGCUUAGGGGAGUGUUGCCCCGUGAGAGCAUAUUCGCACUCAGAUUUUGGACACCCGGGAUGUGCGCUGCUCUCAGAGAGCUCAGACUGGCCUGUGCCCACAGGAGGUCCCUCACCUAGCAUGCAGGUUACCUGACCUGAUGCCACCAUGGAAAUGUAUGCCACCACUGACAUGUUGUCCGUACAGACCAGGACGUGGUGACCCCUGAAGUUUGAUACAAAAACUUUCAGGGCCAAACCAGCUGCUUUUAUUUCCAGACAGUUGAUAUGUAACGAGGCUUGCCCUCGUGCAGGCCUUGAAAUUGGACAUGUCUGUAAAAACCACCUUCCUUCUGGAAUCUACCCCCAUGGUCACCCCAUUGUGGUACCAGUCCUGAGACCAUCAGGGAAUCAGUGUUCUUAAACACCCGUGAUUCACAUUUACAUGUAUUCAUUUAGCUGAGGCUUUUAUCCAAAGCGACUUACAAUUGCUAUAUAUGUCAGAGGUCGCACGC